AUGCGUUUACUUAUUGGAACACUCUGCAAAAGACUGCAGAGCGAUGACUAUCUAUUUGUCGCAGCGAUUGAUAUAGGAACAACAUAUUCUGGUUAUGCGUUCUCUUCAAGAGACAAUUACAAAGAAAACCCCACUGAAAUUAUUACAAAAACAUGGAAUGCUUCUUCUGGAAAUUUGGAAUCUCUUAAAACAUCAACGUGCGUCCUUUUUGAUGAAGAGAAGAAAUUCCAUUCCUUUGGGUUUGCCGCUGAGGACAAGUUCAUGCAGCUCGCAUCCGAAAACAAACACAAAGAAUGGUUUUUCGUCCACCGCUUCAAGAUGGAACUCUACAACAAAAAGACUCUCGAUGAAAAUCUGUUUAUCAAGUCAGAGAACGGAGAAUCACUUCCUGCAUUGACAGUGUUUUCUGCAGUUAUCAGCUACCUUAAAAAUAAAAUGAUGGAAGAUAUGAUGUUAAAAAACCUUAACGUCCACGAUUAUGGAUUGAGAUGGGUUAUAACUGUUCCAGCAAUAUGGACAGACUCAUCAAAAUCAUUCAUGCGUCGCUGUGCCAUAGAGGCCGGAAUCGCUAAAGAAAGACUUACAAUAGCUCUGGAGCCGGAGGCAGCUGCAAUUUACACAAAUUUUUCUUCCAUUAGACGCACCUUUGCUUCUAGUUCCAUAUCAUGUAGGAAAGGAAUCAAAUACCUUGUCUGUGAUGCUGGUGGUGGAACGGUUGAUAUUACAGUACAUGAAAUGAUUGAUGAUGAAGGACAUGUGAGGGAACUCUACAAAGCUUCUGGUGGUGACUGGGGAGGUACAAAAGUGGAUCAAGAAGUUAAGAAAUUUUAUGAAAAAAUUGUAGGGAAAGAUGUAAUGGAAAAAUUCAAGGAAAGAAAUAUGGAAGGAGCUUUAGAGUUAGCUAGAGAUUUUGAAACAAAGAAAAGGGCUUUUAAACCGAAUUCGGAAAAAAAAGUACUACUAAAAUUUCCGCUAUCCCUUCAGGACAUUUAUGAAGACUUAAACAACGGUAAUACCAUCGAAAACGAUAUUUUGAAGAAAAAUGUAAAUAAUGAUGUACAAAUUCGAAGAGACAAAAUCGUAGUUUCUGCAGAUGUUUUUGGAUCUUUCUUUACCCCAUCGCUUGUGAGCAUAUGCAAUCAUAUAAGCAAAAUUUUUGAAAACCCUGAUGUCAGAGAUGUUAAAAUCAUUCUCCUAGUAGGGGGAUACGCAGAAUCAGAAAUACUUACAAGCGAACUAGAAAAAAAAUUUCCAGACCAAAAAUUGGUGAUUCCUAAAGAACCUGGACUUUCCGUUUUGAAAGGAGCGGUGAUAUUUGGACAUGAGCCAGAAUUGAUACAGGAAAGAAAAGCAAAAUAUACCUAUGGAAUAGAAUGUUCGACAGUAUUUUGUGAGGGAAAACAUCGCGAGGAUUAUAAAAAAGAGGUUGAUGGAGUGGUAUAUUGUGCGAGGGUUUUUGAUAGACAUGUGAAAAUUGGAUCAUCACUAACCGUCGGAAAGUACCAGUCUACUCGGACUUAUAGUAAGCAAGCCAACGCCCUGGCACAGAAUAUGUAUGUAUACGCUAGUUCUCAGGAAAAUCCAAAAUAUGUUACCGAUGACGGUUGUUUCCUUUUAGGAAGUACAAAAUUAGAAUUUGAAGGAGGAAAAACCAUGGGGGCAAGUGUGAUAGAGGCACAAAUGUCGUUUAGUGGGACAGAGAUAGAGGUGACAUUGACUUGUAAAACUACGGGGAGAGUCACCAAAGUACAUCUGGAAAAUAAAUAA